CCAGUGGAUCAAAAUUAAUUAAAAAAAAGAGUAAUUUUACUCUAAUUUAUCAUUCAAUCAGUUCAUCGGCCGGCGGCCUCAGAUCAUUAUAAAAGACCUAUAAUUAACUCAUUUCUCUUAAAUCAUCUUAUAACUAAACGACUAUCAUCUAUUUUCAUUUUCUGUGUUGUGUACUCAGAGGAGCUUAUUUUAGUGCCUUUUUCUUCAAGAAAUCAAAAUUUGGAGCGACAUUUCUAAGGAUUUGAAUCAUGAGCAACUUUGACUGCUGUGAAGAAGAUGACACAUAUGCUGAUAAUAGUGCAGCAGGAAAUGUUAGUGACGGGGAUGAUGCAUUAGACGCGGUAGAUGAAAAUGUUAGACAUGAUGAUGAUGCAUUAGACACGGCAGAUGAGGAUGAUCAAGCUGUUAAAAUCCAGCAUACUGAGGUCCCUUUCAUUUCAUUGGAUGAAUUUAAGGAAAUCACAGAUAAUUUCGGAGCAGAUUCUCUUAUCGCAGAGCGCUCAUAUGGAAGCGUAUAUUAUGGAACUCUUAAAAGUGGGCAAGCUGCAGCAAUCAAAACAUUAGAUGCAAACGAACAGCCUGAUGAGGAGUUCUUGGCGCAGGUUCUAAUGGUAUCAAAACUUGAGCAUGAAAAUUUUGUACAAUUGCUCGGUUAUUGUGAUGGAAGUUCCCGUAUACUUGCCUAUGAAUUUGCUUCCAAUGGAUCUCUUCAUGAUAUUCUCCAUGGAAAGAAAGGUGUUAUAGGAGCGCAGCCGGGUCCUGUUCUUUCAUGGCAGCAGCGAAUGAAAAUCGCUGUUGGGGCUGCAAAAGGCCUUGAAUACUUGCAUGAAAAAGCUAAUCCUCACAUUAUUCAUCGUGAUAUUAAGUCGAGCAACGUUCUGAUUUUCGAUGAUGAUGUUGCAAAAAUUGCAGAUUUUAAUUUACCAAAUGAAGCUCUAGAUAUAACAGGACGUCUUCACCCCAACCAGGUUUCGAGAAGAUUUGGUUAUCAUGGUCCUGAAUAUGCAAAGAUGAAUAGAGUGUUGAAUGAAAGGAGUGAUAUAUACAGUUUUGGAGUGAUCCUACUUGAGCUUCUGACUGGGCGAAAACCUAUCGACCGUACAUUACCUCGUGCACAGCAGAGCCUUGUGAAAUGGGCUACACCAAAACUUCAGGAUGACGAUUUUGGGCAGUAUGUUGAUGCGAGACUUGAAGGGGACUAUCCGCCAAAGGCAGUUACCAAGACUGCGUUUAUUGCUUCCUUGUGCAUGAAUGACGAACCAGACUUCCGGCCGAACAUGAGUUUUGUAGUGAAAGCUUUACAGCCCCUCUUAAUUACCCGGCCAGAAUCAGCUGGAGAAACUCCAAGCAUUACCCAGUCGGAACUGCUAGCUGGUGAAAUUCCAAGCCAAUAAUUCUACUUCUACUUCUACUUGUAUGUCUGUUGUGUUUGUUUCCGGGUCCAUCCCGAUGCAAUCUUGAGGAGAGACAAGAAAGAAUAUAGCUUAGUGUAGUAUUCGGAGUACCAUAUGCUUCCAUUACUUCCUUUCUAUUUGUAUUUCAUUUGUUCAUAAUGUAGAAAGCUGUUUAUGCUGUCAAAUUUAAUAUAUAUAUUUUUCCUUCAAUAAUAUUUAUCUUUUGGUUUAA